AACCUAACCAAUGUAAACAAAUAAUCUCUAAAAUAAAGUAGUGCAAUCGAUUCAUCAUUUGUGUUUAGAUAUGAAACCAUGCACAAGAUUAUACUUGAUUCAAAAUAAUAUCAUAGAAAAUCCUGUUCAAAAUAAUUUGUUAACUGGAGAGUUUACGAUAAAGUUAGAUGAAAGUCGAGUUGCUUCUGUGAAAUAUGAAAUAAUAGGUGCUGAUACAUAUGAUUUAGUACACAGUUCCAUACCCGAAGAAUAUCAGGGCCUUGGAUUGGGGCACAUCCUUGCAGAGAGAGUGUUUCAUCAUUUGGAGAAUGAAGAGAAAAAUGUCAUCUUAACAUGCCAUUUUCUUAAGAAAUGCUACACAGAAAAUCAUGGAAAAUAUAAUCUACAUAUAAUCAAUAAAUAAAUUCAUAUCUGCUGCAAUGGAUAAAUCAGAUGAAUUAGAUUUAAAAUCUAAAAUUUUUCACUGCUUUCGUGAAAAACAAUACAAUCACAUGUUACAUAAUUCUAAGGAAGGCAUCUCUAAGUUUAAAGGUGAUCCGUCCUUCCAUUUAUACCACUCUUUGUCCCUAAUAUUAAUAAACCGCCUUGAAGAGGGCAUUCACGAUUUAGAAACGAUUCGCAUGGAAAAUGACAUAAAGCUAGCUGUUACCAUAGCCCUUAUGUAUAGCCACAAAUUGCUUGGGGUGACUAAUAAGGAUUUGUUUGUGAAGCUUGAUGGACAAAUGAGAGAUUAUCGUAAAGAUGCAGAUUCUAUUGAUUUUUACCAUUGUUCCUUCGUCCUGGUAUGUAUGAAUAAACCAGAAAAAGCACUGGACUAUGCAGAGAAAUCACUAACUUUACAAAGCUCCCUCUCCGAAUGUUUAACUUUAAAAGGUUGGAUCCUGUUAAACUUGUACAAAAGUGGCAAAAAAGCAGCGUUAAAUAUAAAAGACAUUUUCCAAACUUCUUUGCAGCUUAAUCCGAGAAAUUUAGACACCAUUAUGGGUUUUACAGAGAGCUGCUUAUUACAAAAUGAAUUUGUAAAGGCUUUAGAAGUCAUCAAUAAAGCUAUAGUUCGAUAUAAUUCUACCAAUUUACCGUUGGUGCAGAAGUUAAAGAUACAGUUGGCCGCGUUUGACUGGGACCAAACACAAGAAACGAUAAACAGAAUUUGUAGUACCGAUCCGAGAAAUUUAUACACAAAGAAAGUUUCUAUAAUAAUCCAGUUGUGUCGCUCGGCAAACUAUGAAGAAGCUCUGAUGGAUAUUAAGAAGUUUGCACAACUUCUUGAUAGUUCUGAAUCUGGAAAUAUGCAAAUAGUCCUUGAAACGUCGCAGAUUUUCAGCAGAAUUUGUAACAGGAAUGGUGAGAUUUUGUCCCAAACUACGGCGAUGUUAGUCAACGCUCUUCAGAGUAAUCCAGAGAGUGUAGAGCUGGUUACGGAACUUGGAUAUCAAGCGCUAGCCAGAGGAAAUACCAAAGAAGGCUCAAGGUAUUUCAAAAGUGCCACAAAAAUAGACGAAACGCAUCUCAAAGCAUUGCUAGGCCUAUCAUUGUGCGAACUGAGAGACAAUGGUAAUUCCGAGGACUUAAAGAACCAGGUACAAUUCCUCCUAGAAGUGAAAGAUGCCCAGGAAAACCUGCUACUGCAUUUCCUCCAAGCAAAAAUAAGUGACACAUCUGAAGAAGCCCUGAACUACUUAAAAAAUAUAUGCGAGUUGAAACUGUCACAGAUGAAGUCUUGCCCGUUCUCCGACACAUACUUGUUAAUGCUAGAAAUAGACUUCAUGAUGGAUGUGGUGAAAGAAUGCAUGCAGCACAUAUCUCUGUCUCAGAGUGCUUCGGAUUGCAUCUACGAAGUGUUGAACUUGAUUACGAGGGCUUGUCCGGGACUGUCGGAGUGUUUGUUUUUGUUGGCGAAGUUGCAGUACAUCAAAGGUGAUAAUACGAGUGCUAUGAAUACUCUGGACAAGCUUUUGGUUGACAUGAAAAACCCUAUGACAGAGGCGCAACUGCUUAUGGCUGAGAUACAAGUUCAACAUGGGCUGUUUGACAGGGCUGCUCAAAGUUUGGAGGUUUGUGUAAGUCACAAUUUUAGAAUAAGAGAGAACCCAAUAUACCACUACAUCUUAGCUCUGGUAGACAAAAACACAAACAACUAUGCCGACGCCAUCAAAUCUCUCACAACAGCCCUCAGUCUGGUAAAUGCCGCAACAAAGGACAGAUCUCAGUCCAACAUAUCACUCUUAGAACGAUCGUCUAUCUACAUAGAGCUGAUCGACACUCUGAACAUGGUGGGUCAAACAGAUGAAGCCGUAAAGGUACUUGAAGAUGCUACCGAGGAGCUCCAAGGAACUCCAGAAGAAUCUCGGAUAUUAUUAUUGAGUGCCGAGCAUUUAUUGAAAAGGAAGAACGUACAAGGAGCCGUGGAUUUGCUAAGUCGUAUAAAACCGACGGAUUCGUGCUACGUAGAGGCUAAAUCGAAGCAUGCUGAGGUGCUGCUGAAGUACAGAAAGGAUAAGUAUGCUUACCUGCAGUGCUAUCAGGAUUUUGUGGAUGAAAACCCAGGAUCGGAGUCUUAUGUUCUUCUUGGUGAUGCUUACAUGAACGUUUUAGAACCAGACGACGCCCUUGACUGUUACGAAAAAGCAUUAAAGGCAAACUCAAACGAUCCCACUCUAAUAUCCAAAAUGGGCAAGGCUCUGGUGGAUACUCACUACUUCUCCCGUGCUGUCGCCUAUUACAAGGAGGCGAUAAAAAAGACCGACGAUUCAGAGCUGAAGUUACAACUAGCCGAAUUGUAUAUGAACCUAAGGGAUUUUGAGAAAGGAGAACUGUUAUUAUUGAACGAAUUAGAAGACGAGAAGACAACUAAUUCAGAAGACGUGACAUACCUCCGGUACAAAACCAGACUGCUAAACUUGCUGGCGCAGAUUCAGGAAAAGUCGGGAAAUAUAACGUAUGCUCUGAAAAGUUUGAAGGAGGCCAUGGAUAACCAGAAUCGACUGAGGAAGAGAUUUAUAGUGGAGCAAAGUGGUUCUCCUGAAAAUGAGGUAGAACUUCUCGUGAAUAUUUCGAUGAAAUUGGGAGAGAUGGCCAUAUCCGUCAAGAACAACGAACAGGCGAUUAAUUAUUAUAAAGAGGGCUUGGAUGUAUCUCCCAAUAACAUCAACAUUAUGGUGGCGCUAGCAAAGUUGUACAUGCAGAUGAAUUACUUGGAACUGUGUCAGCAAACGUGUGCGAACAUAUUGAGAUUGGACCCAGAGAACGAAACGGCGUCAGUUAUGAUGGCCGAUAUAGCUUUUCGGAAGGUUGAUUUUGACAUGGCGCUGUUCCACUUCACCCAGCUCGUUACCAAACAACCGACGAACUGGGAGGCUCUCGUCCGCUUGGUGGAGAUACUGCGCCGCACCGGCAACAUCGACGAUUUCCCAGAGUACCUCUCCGCUGCUGAAAAGAAAUGCGAGAAUCCCACGAAAGAUCCCGGCUUCCUCUACUGUACCGCCCUCUACCAGUGGUACUCGGGCAACUUGAACGGGGCCUUGAGGAACUUCAACAACGCCAGGCAGGACCCCGAGCUUGGACAGAUGGCCGUUUAUAAUAUGAUCGAGAUCUGCCUAAAUCCCGAAGAUGAGAUGCUGGGAGAGCAGUUCCUUGACAGUGACGACAUCGAGUACAGAGAUUCCAGGUCUAUGGCUUUGAAAACGGCUGAUCGUCUGUUGAAGGAAUUAAAGCAGAAACUAGAGGCUCACGGGGAUGAAAUCCUAACAUACAGACUCCUGUCGAACUUCCGUUUGCUUGCUACCAAGGAUAAAUAUAACAUCGAACGAGCCUUGGAGGAUUUUGCAUCCAUAGCCUCCGAGAACGCCUACAAGGAUAAUAUAGGCACCACUUUAGGCAUUGCCACCGCUUACACCCUUUUAAAGCAGGGUCAGCGGGCUAAAAACCAACUGAAGAGGAUCGUCAAGUCCACUUGGACAUUCGAAGACGCGGAAUACUUAGAACGUUGUUGGCUCCUCCUGGCCGACUACUACGUCCAAUCGACAAAAUUUGACAUCGCGACGGACCUUAUUAACAAAGUCAUUCAGCACAACAAGGCAUGCACGAAAGCUUACGAGUUCUUGGGCUUCAUCGCCGAGAAGGAGCAGCACUAUAAGGAGGCGGCGAAUUAUUUGGAGCAGGCGUGGAGGUUCGGAGGGAAAUCGAAUCCCUCCGUAGGCUUUAAGUUGGCUUAUUGUUUGAUGAAGUGCAAGAAGUACCCGGAUGCGAUCGAUGUAGCGCAGGAAGUUUUGAAGUUGAAUCCAGAGUAUCCUAGAGUUAAAAAGGAUAUCUUGGAUAAGUGCAUGAAUAAUUUAAGGAUAUGAUUUUUUUUUUUCAAUGUUGUUAAUCCGUCCACCCACUUUAUGCUAGUUUAUAAAGUACAUAUUUAUUAUACAGGUUGAUGUGUGCUACAUUUCAAUAAAAAUCUCUUUUGUGUCAA